CCGUGGAGAAACAGUCAGUACCCUUCCAGCGAAGUUUGAGCGAGACCAGGCACUCCUCUCUCUCUUCUCUUCUCUUCUCUUCUCUACACGCUCUCACCAACCCACCCAUAGCCAUGGAGAGGCGCAUUCCCUUCAGCUUCCUCCGCACCCCCAGCUGGGACCCCUUCCGCGACUGGUACCAGGGCAGCCGCCUCUUCGACCAGUCCUUCGGCAUGCCCACGCUGGCCGAGGACUUUGCCAACUUCCCCAGCACCCACUGGCCCGGCUACAUCCGCCAGGGCAUGCCCACCAUGCCCGGCAUGCCCGGCGCCGAGAUGCCCGUCUCUCCUCUCAUGGCGCCCACCGCCCAGAUGCCCAUGAUGGCCUCCCCGAUGGCCGCUGGACCUUCCCCUGCCUACGCCCGCGCCCUCUCCAGGCAGCUCAGCUCCGGUAUGUCCGAGAUCAAGCAGUCCGGGGAGAGCUGGAAGGUCAGCCUGGACGUCAACCACUUUGCCCCCGAGGAGAUCGUGGUCAAGACCAAGGACGGCGUGGUGGAGAUCACAGGAAAGCAUGAGGAGAGGAGGGAUGAGCACGGCUACAUUUCCAGAUGCUUCACCAGGAAGUACACACUGCCCCCUGGUGCCGACAUGGAGAAGGUCUGCUCCUCCCUGUCCCCCGAGGGAGUGCUGACGGUGGAGGCCCCCCUGCCCAAGCCCGCCAUCCAGGGCAGCGAGAUCAACAUCCCCGUCAACGUGGAGAAGGGGAGCAUGGUCAAGCACGAGUGAACUAGAGAAACCCUAUAGUCAUUCCCCCACCAGCACCGCAACGCAAAAAUACUAACACACACAGCCGCACACACAUACCAUACCCCCUCUAUACACACAAACACACUCAGAACACAAGCCCUGAAGUUGAAGAGAUGGUUUACAGUACUGGUGCUCGAUGUAGGUCUACAUGUGUUCCUUCUUCAUUACUGACCUCGGGAGAGAGGCAGAGGUUGCAGCUCCACCUGCUCUGCCGGCCCGUGCCAACGUUGCAGCCUGCAGUGGGAGAGGCCGUGGGUGAAGAGAGGUGGCGAAGGGUGCGUCAGACUGUCAGAUCGUCAGCUCCCCCUCCUCUCCGCUGCCUGCCCUAAUGAUGCCACCCCAGCUGGGUGCCCGGAGCUGAGCACAGACUCACACUCGCACAUCUGCACCCAGUGCCAUAUGCCGUACGGCUCUGCAGUAAUUAUACACUUCAUUUAAAUUACUAUCACACACACAAACACACGGACACACACAGGCGUGCUUAGGCACACAGACACACACAACGACACACAGUCAAAGACACAGACACCCAUCCACACACACACACGCACACACACCCUACCUUGAUCAAUCAUUUGCUUGUCAACCGCAACGUCAAGCUCUGCUGUGUGCAAGUGAAUCUGCAUGGGCAGAUGCUUGAAGAGGCAUCCUGAACGCUGUACCAUCCUGAUGCCAUAGCCUCACUCACCGCUUCAGCUUUACAGUGGACAGAAGAGAACAGGGUUGCCAGAUUGUGCCGGGUUCACAAGAUAAUCUGCAGGUGAACAACAUCGUCUUGGGCAGAUCACUACGUGUUAUAGCCGUAUAUGCCAAUGAGAUCUUUCGAGCCCCAGUUCAAAUCGAGCCUAUCUGAGCAUCUGGCAACCCUGGAGAAGAGCUGAGAGAAGCAAUAACCACAGACUUCCACAGACAUGCCACAAACAGACAGUUCCUGGUCUUUCUAGCACUGGUUGGUUCCUCCUUGCCGGCCACUGUGAAGAUGACCUUAAACAGCUAGGCCAACCAAGCUCUGAAAAGCAUGAGCCAAAAAAACAACUGAAAACUUGUGUGUGACAGAUGUUUGCCACAACCUUGUCUUUCUUUGCUUGUUUCAGCCUUUGUUUCUUCUUGCAGAAGAAAUGUUAUUUUUUUCCACCUAAUUUGCUAAAGGUUAAAAACCGCUCUUGCAUGCUAAAGGAGAAUAAACUUUUCCACAAAAAAUACCUGUUCAUUUUAUGUGA